AUGGUUCAUUUCUUGUCAUCAGAGGUCCGGCAGCUGCUGCACAACAAGUUUGUGGUUGUCCUGGGAGACUCUAUCCAGAGGGCUGUGUACAAGGACCUUGUACUUCUGUUGCAGAAAGACUGCCUAUUGACAGAAGCCCAGCUCAAGGCCAAAGGGGAGCUGAGCUUCGAGCAGGACCGUCUGGUGGCAGGGGGACAACUGGGUGAACUACACAAUGGGACUCAUUAUCGGGAGGUCCGCCAGUUCCUGUCCAGUUCAGGACACCACCUCCUACGAUUCUAUUUUCUCACCCGAGUCUACUCAGCUUAUGUGGAGGAUGUCCUGGCUGAGUUAGAGCAUGGGCCACCUCCUGACCUGGUCAUCAUAAAUUCCUGCCUCUGGGACCUCUCCAGGUAUGGUGGUGAUGCCAUUAAAAGUUACCAGGAAAACUUGGAAUGUUUAUUUGAAAGGAUGGAACAAGUUCUGCCUGCCUCUUGCCUUCUGGUAUGGACCCUGGCUAUGCCACUGGGUGAGCGCAUUACAGGAGGCUUUCUGUUGCCUGAACUUCAGCCAGCGACAGGCUCUCUACGUGCAGAUGUGUUGGAAGCAAAUUUCUACUGCUCAAUGUUGGCAGAUGAGCACCACUUCGAUGUACUUGACCUGCAUUUCCACUUCCGACAUGCAGUUCAGCAUCGGCGUAUGGAUGGCAUCCAUUGGGACCAACAUGCCCACCGCCACGUCUCACAGCUAUUGCUGGCCCAUGUGGCUGAGGCCUGGGGGGUGGAGGCUCCCCGCCGGAGCACCCCUCUUGGGGAGUGGAGUCAGGAGCAGUCAUCCCUAGAAUAUCAAGGCCCAAGGUUCAAGGGGGCUUCAUCCUGGAGGCAUCUAGGCCAUCCAUCUGAGGGGCCUUUUGCACCCUGGAGACAUCCAGCCCAGGCAGCUGAGGAACCUCGUUUUAGGAAUCAGUCAUCAUUUGCACCCCCAGAGUGGUCCCCCUUGGAGCAUCCAAUGCAAAGACCUGAGGAGUUUGCAUCUUGGAGAUAUUCAUCUCAGAGGACUAAGAGGUCUCUUUCCUUUGAGCCAGUAGGCCAAGAGACUGAUCAUCCUCCGACUCGACCAGAUAGGCACCUCCAGUCCCAGUUCCUGCCUCCAUCCCAACCUCGGCCCCCACCUUUACCCCACCCUUCACCUCAAGUCCUGCCUCAAGACAGCUGCUUCUUCUCAGAUAAUCCUGUCCUGCCUGGCUAUUUCCCUCUUAACUAUAUGGCCUUCGGUGAUCCCUUACCUCCUCCUGCUAUGUUGGAUUCCCCGCCUGCUCCCCAGCCUUGCCCAAUCUCUUCCUCACUAUAGACAGCGCCACAAUCUGAUGAUGCCACGUUUCCAGCGCCAUGUGCCUAA